UCAGUAGUGUCGUUGCUUUUGUUCAACAGGCUGACUUUUUAAAGUUAUUCAAUUUGUGGUACAUAACGGUUUUUGAAACUAUGCAAGGCAAGUGAAAGUACCAGGAUGACAGAAAAAUCAGAGGUUCGCUUCGAGGAAGCCGAGAAAUAUAAGAAUCUUAUACUGACAUUAAUCGCUGUAAUAUGCGUCUUUUUAUCCUGGCUCGUCCGACAGUAUCCAAUACUACUGGGCAUUGUUACGAUCUUGUCUGUAUAUUUAUUAACUGGAGAUAGAUACCAAUGGGUGUAUAUUUGGAAGAAAACGUUUUACAGGGAUAUGAUAGGCUUACGAGUUUUACUCGUAACAAUGUUUACGAUAUGGGUAUGGGAACGAACGGGGACAACCGUCGUCACAAGAUGGUCCAAGGUUGCGAAAAAGACACCAGACAAGGAGGCAUUUGUCAUGGGCGACAGAUCAUUGACAUUCCGUCAAGGUGAUGAAUUCAGCAAUCGUAUAGCGUGGUACUUCAAACGUCAAGGUUUUAAAACUGGUGAAGUUAUAGCUCUGUUCAUGGAGACACAACCAGAAUACGUGUUCUUGUGGCUUGGACUGGCGAAGUUGAGAGUGACUACUGCACUUGUGAAUACGAACCUUAGGGGUGCUCAAUUGAUACAUUGCUUGAGGAUAGCUGGUUGUAAGGCUGUGGUGUUCGGAGAUGAAAUGACGGAUGCAAUAAAAGCCAUACAAAGUGAGAUACCAGAUAUUCCUCUAUUCCAAUUCAAUUCACCGGAAAGAGAAACUGCACCAGUAUUACAGGAUACGAUCCCACUGGCCGCUGAAUUAAAUGAAAUGACGAAUGAACCAUUCAGUGACGUAGAACCAGCUAAACCAAGAGAUACUCUGUUGUAUAUCUACACUAGUGGAACAACUGGAUUUCCAAAAGCAGCUAUCAUUACUAACAUCAGAUAUCUCCUCAUACCUCUUGGAGUACAUACAUCAGGACAGCUCGUAUCAUCCGAUAUUAUUUACGAUCCUCUCCCAUUGCAUCACACUGCGGGUGGAGUCCUUGGCGCUGGACAGUGUCUCAUUCUUGGCUGUACGGUUGUGUUGCGGAAGAAGUUCUCGGCUAGCAACUAUUGGGCUGAUGUAGCCAAACAUAAGUGCACGGCAGCACAAUAUAUCGGCGAAAUAUGUCGUUACUUGCUAACGGUGCCGCCUAGUGAUAACGACCGAGCUCAUAAUGUAAGAAUUGUCAUCGGUAAUGGACUAAGACCACAAAUAUGGCAAGAAUUUGUUGAUAGGUUCGGUGUUAAAAGAGUAUUAGAAUUUUAUGGAGCCACGGAGGGUAAUAGCAACUUGGUAAACUUAGACUCGAAAGUCGGUGCGAUUGGAUUCCUUAGUCGACUUGUAUCUUCUAUAUACCCACUGACUUUAGUGAAGUGCGAUGAAGUAACUGGUCAAAUUUUGAGAAAUGAAAACGGAAGAUGUAUCAACUGUGGUCCAUACGAACCUGGUCUACUGUUAGGCAAAAUUGAUCCAAAAAAAGCUAUAUUAACAUUUGCUGGAUAUGCUGAUAAAACUGCCUCAGAAAAGAAAAUGGUGCGAAAUGUCAGAGUAAAAGGCGAUUGUUACUUCAACACAGGAGAUAUAUUAGAAAUGGACUAUUACGGAUAUUUCUACUUUAAAGAUCGCACUGGGGAUACGUUUAGAUGGCGCGGUGAAAACGUAUCUACUGCAGAAGUAGAAGGAGUGAUCAGUAAUUUGGUCGGUUUAAAAGAUACUGUUGUUUAUGGAGUUCCCAUUCCUUACGUAGAAGGAAAAGCGGGUAUGGCAGCAAUUGCAGACCCAGAAAAGAAGGUAGAUUUAAAAAAUCUUGCAGACGGACUCAAGACUUCUCUACCAGCUUAUGCAAGACCUUUGUUCGUCAGAAUCCUCCCAGAACCACCACUGACAGCAACCUUUAAGCUGAAGAAAAGGGUGUUAAUGGAACAAGGUUUUAAUAUAAAUGUUCAUAAUGAUCCAAUUUAUUUUCUUGAUCAGAAAAGUGGUUCAUUUACACCAUUAACUCAAAAGCUCUAUGACGACCUCAUUCAAGGUGUAAUUAGGCUUUGAUUAUAAAGUAAUUAAUUAUAUUAAUUAUUUUUAUUUUUAAAAAACAUACUUUAAAACCAAAUGAGGUUUUGCAUGAAAAUAAAGGAAGAAAUUAAUUAAAAAAUCUCAUUGACGUUGAUUGUUUUUCAAAAUCUGUAAAAGCGGGUUAAGUGAUAACAUAUUUUUUUAAAUGAAAAUUAACCUGUAAGAAUAUAGUAUUUAGCCAUGUCAAAAUAUUGUAUACUGGUUAUUUAUUUUUAUGCCAAAAAAUAAAAAUUAAAGAGCCAAAUAUUUAAUAUAUAUAUUUUUUAAUUUAAUUGUAUUAUUUACAUUAUUUUUUUUGUGCAAGGAUAUAAUUUUAAAAACAAGUAUGCAAAGAUUUACUUUUACUGUUUAUUAAUUCUGUGAUUUGUGUUACGAUUAUAAAUCUGAAAGUGUUCAAUGCUCUAUUUUUUUUAUUUAUGUGAUUUAUCCUAGGAGCGUCAGUCUUGGCAAAUAUUACAUACCACAGACUCUACCACGACUGAGAUAGAGAUUUAUGUUACCCACUUGCCUCUGAAUUAAAUCAAUAUUUUUAUUAUAUUAAUAAGGAUUACCUUUAACGUAAGCGUACGUACGCUUUUAUGCAUUAAAAUUGUUAAGAUAGGGCUUUAUCAAUAUUAUAAAUUUAAAGAUAAUAACUUCAUUUUUAUUGUCAAACAAAGAUUUAAUUCAUUUGCAUAUAUUUAAACGUCAUUAAUUUUUAUAUGGACUUAGAAAAUAAAAUGAAAAAAGCAUAACUUUACUAAGAUAAGGUUAAUGUACCAUUUCAAAGAACUUUUAUUAUCCGUAUUUUGAUAUUGACAUUUUUGCUUGUUAUAGUUGAGGUUAUUGAGCCUAAGCCAUUGUUAAACCACGACUGCAUAUCACAUAUCAUGUAGAAAACGCGUGCAAAUGUCCCACAACUGGGCUCAACUUUUAAGAAGAUUUUGAGUUUACUUUAACCUUCGAGUUUCACAAAGCUAUUGUCUAGCUGCUGGCAGAAUGAGUUCCUAUCAGCUCCGUGAUGGAACCGGCUCAUUUAUGUUACCUACUAAUUAAAAAUAUAAUUGAUACAUAUAUAUUUACAACUUGUAGUAAUUGUUAUAAGUUUAGGCUGAAUUUAUUUACAAACAAACAAACAAACAAACAAACA